AUGCACCUUUUUUUAUUGCAGUUAUUACUGCUUCUUUUAAUUCAUUUUUUAUUCAUUCUCCUUUUAUCUGGAUUUUUCUUCUGUUCUUACCUUUUAUUUAUUUUUCGCUUCAAGACUUAUGAAAAGCUUGCACUAAGAUUUAACUUCUUUCUUUCUUCCUUCCGUUCUUUCUUUCUAUCUUUCUUUCUGUAUUUCUUUCUUUCUUCCUUUCUUUCUUUCUAUCUUCCUUUCUUUCUUUCUUUUUUCCUUUCAUUCUUUCUUUCUUUCUUUCUUUCUUUCUUUUUUUCUUUCUUUCUUCCAUUCAGUCUUUCUUUCUUUCUUACUGCCUUCCUUUCUUUCUUUCUUUCUUUCUUUCUUUCUUUCUUUCUUUCUUUCUUUAUUUCUUUCUUACUGCCUUCCUUUCUUUCUUUCUUUCUUUCUUUCUUUCUUUCUUUCUGUAUUUCUUUCUUCCUUUCUUUCUUUCUUCCUUUCUAUCUUUCUUUCUAUCUUCCUUUCUUUAUUUCUUCCUUUCUUUCUUUUUUUCCUUUCUUUCUUUCUUUCUUUCUUUCUUACUGCCUUCCUUUCAUUCUUUCUUUCUUUCUUUCUUUCUUUCUUUCUUCCUUUCUUUCUAUCUUCCUUUCUAUCUUUCUUUCUAUCUUCCUUUCUUUCUUCCUUUCUUUCUUUCUUUCUUUUUUCCUUUCUUUCUUUCUUUCUUUCUUCCAUUCUGUCUUUCUUUCUUUCUUUCUUUCCUACUGCCUUCCUUUCUUUCUUCCUUUCUUUCUUUCUUUCUAUCUUCCUUUCUGUAUUUCUUUCUUCCUUUCUUUCUUUCUUUCUUUCUUUCUUUCUUUCUAUCUUCCUUUCUUUCUUUCUUUCUUCCUUUCUUUAUUUCUUUCUUUCUUUCUUUCUUUCUUCCAUUCUGUCUUUCUUUCUUUCUUUUUUACUUCCUUCCUUUCUUUCUUUCUUUCUUUUUCACAUUUUCUUUCUUCUUUUUGCCAUUCUCCCUUUUAUUAUUGCAUCGGCUUUAUUACCUUUUCUCUCCUCCCUUUUUUUCCUUUUGUUCCUAUAAAUUGGUAUUUUCCCAUUUUAUUCCUGCUGCUUCUUUCCGGAUCUUUUACGUCUGUUCCUGGCGAUAUUUUUUUUCUUUCAAAAUGUUAUACUGUUUUGUAA